AGUAGGGGGAGGGAGGAGAAAUGCUCUGCUCUGUAUUAUAGAUAGCAGCAGAAGCUGCCACAUGGACUGUCAGUCAUGGCUUCUUACAAGGUGAUCCGUAUGGCAACUCUGCUGAUUAUCCUCACACAAGAGUGUCACUCACAGCAAAGUGUGUGUGGUCAGCCUCCACUUAACACCAAGAUAGUUGGAGGACAGGUGGCUUCUCCAGGCAGUUGGCCCUGGCAGGUCAGCCUGCAACACUUUGGAAACCACUUCUGCGGAGGAUCCCUCAUCAACAGUCAGUGGGUGCUGACUGCUGCUCACUGCUUCGUAGAAACCAGGUACCCUGCAAGCAGUGUGACCACAGUACUGGGUCUCCAAACUCAGUCAGGAUCCAACACUAAUGCACAGUAUGUGGGGCUGACUAAGAUCAUUGUUCAUCCCAACUACAACUCCAACACACACGACAACGACAUCUGCCUCCUGCAGCUGGCUACAGCAGUGACUUUCACCAGCUACAUUCAGCCUGUGUGUCUGGCAGCGCCAGGCAGCACCUUCUACAACGGCACUGACUCCUGGGUCACUGGCUGGGGAGUCACCUCAAGUGGAUCUCAAACUGUUUCACAAACCCUAAUGGAGGUGGAGAUCCCAGUUGUGGGCAACAGACAGUGUAACUGUGACUAUGGAGUUGGAGCAAUCACCAACAACAUGAUUUGUGCUGGGUUACGUGCUGGAGGGAAGGACUCCUGUCAGGGAGACUCAGGUGGUCCAAUGGUGAGCAAGCAGGGUGGUCGCUGGACCCAGAGUGGAAUCGUCAGUUUUGGAAACCAAUGUGCUUUACCUAAUUUUCCUGGAGUCUACACCAGAGUGUCCCAGUAUCAGUCCUGGAUCAACAGCCAGAUCACCAGCAACCAGCCGGGCUUCAUCACCUACACAUCCACUGGGACUGACGGGGACCUCAGUGUCUCCUGUACUGGUCUUCCACCAGUAACAACCACAGCCCCUCCCACAACAACACCAAAACCUGUGGUUUGUGGCCAAGCUGCGUUAAAUACUCGUAUUCUGGGAGGAAACUCGUCAGCUGGCAUGUGGCCGUGGAUGGUGAGCCUCCAGAGGAAUGGAAGCCAUGUGUGUGGUGGGACUCUAGUGGCUGUGGACUCUGUGCUGAGUGACGCUAGCUGCAUCUCAAGUUCAUCCAAGCCGUCUGAUUGGACCGCUGUUUUGGGUCUUUUGAGCCAAUAUGGCUCCAACCCUAAUCAAGUGUCACUGAAUGUGACAAAUAUCACCCUGAGCAACCUGACUGGCUCUAACAUAGCAGUGCUGCAUCUGGCGUCCCAACCCACCUUGUCCAACUACAUCCAGCCCAUCUGUCUGGGUGAUGGACAAACCUUUGCUGUGGGUUCAACAUGCUGGGCUGCUGGUUGGAGCUCAGGGAGAGGAGGAGUGCAAGGAAUUCUGCAGGAGACCCAGACCUCUGUGGUAAACUGUGGGAACUCAUCAACCAGUGGCAGCAUUUGUACCGGAGCUAUAACACUGGAUCAGGGUGAUGCUGGUGGUCCACUAAUGUGUAAACUGGGCAGCUACUGGUACCAGGCAGCGGUGUUAACAGUCUUCACAAACUCUACCAGUCAAACACGAGCAGCAGUUUCGAGCUUCACCACACUGACAGCCUACGACACCUUUCUGCAUCAGACCCUGGGGUCAUUUUUGUCUCCUACCAGUGGAGGCAAUACAACCUCCUCCUCCAGCACUGGUGCCGGUUCUACUUCCUCCUCCUCCAGCACUGGGCGGGGUUCUGCUCUCUUGGCCUUCUUCCUCCCCCAUCUCCUUUUUUUUAUCACUUCCGUCUACCUCUUUCAAUAAUGUAUUUUUUUGCGUGAACAUACUGUAGGUCUAUGUGAAUUUACCUAGAUAAACUUCUCUGUCCUGUAGCGUACAUGAAUAAUAUACCUCUCAUUUUUCCCUCCAGGAAGAGGGAUGUCUUAUGACUAAUGACUUGUGCUGCUGUUUGCAUGUGUUCUGUUUUUUAUUGUUUAUUCUCAGCACUUUUUUGCCAUAGGAUUUGUUAAGGAGGGGGUGUUCACCCUGGACAGAUCGCUAGACCAUGACAGGGUCCUUUAAUAUAAUAUUGUUGGCUUCUUGCAGUAAAAGAAAUAAAGAUGCUGAGUGUUUGA